AUGCAUAUCUGGAAAGAAGAAUUGAGAAAAGUGACUGGAAACCCAGUAGGAAAAGAAGAUGAAAGGAUGGUUGAAUUUUCCUAUCCUCCCCUAAAGCCUGGAGAAGGACAUGACAGCCACAGUUUACCAGAGGAAUGGAAAUAUUUGCCAUUUCUCGCCUUACCAGAUGGCGCUCACAACUAUCAGGAAGAUACUGUGUUUUUCCACUUGCCACCGAGAUGUGGGGAUCGAACCACAGUUUAUGGUGUCUCUUGCUAUAGGCAGAUUGAAGCGAAGGCACUAAAAGUACGGCAAGCCGACAUCACCCGAGAAACAGUACAGAAAAGUGUCUGUGUUCUCAGUCAGCUGCCUUUAUAUGGGUUACUACAGGCAAAGCUGCAGCUCAUUACACACGCCUAUUUUGAAGAGAAAGACUUCUCACAGAUUUCAAUUCUAAAGGAACUUUAUGAUCAUAUGAAUAGUUCCUUGGGCAGUACUUUACUAGAAGGGUCACAAGUUUAUCUUGGUCUCUCUCCUCGGGAUCUUGUUCUUCACUUCAGACACAAGGUCUUGAUCCUUUUUAAAUUGAUUCUUCUAGAGAAAAAGGUGCUGUUUUAUAUUUCUCCAGUAAAUAGAUUGGUGGGAGCUCUGAUGACUGUCCUGUCACUCUUCCCUGGUAUGAUUGAACAUGGUCUUACUGACUGCUCACAGUACAGACCAAGAAAGAGCAUAUCGGAGGAUGCUGGCUUGCAGGAAAAUACACCACGGUUAGGUGACUCUCUUUCUGUGUCUGCUGCUGAUACUUCAAAUACAAACGUAGGAAUGGGAAAGGGAGGCAGGAAGAUGGCAGGAAACCAUUCACUGGAAGGUCAAAAAGCAAACGUGCCUUUCUCCCAGUCAGACAAGACUUGCAACGGAGCUCAGUCCUCCAACGGUACCAUACAACACUUGAAAGUUCCUUCCCGCGCUUCUCCAGCGUCCUCUGAAAGUGACUGGGAGACCUUAGAUCCGAACAUUUUGGAGGAGUCUAAUUUGAAAGAAGAACGUGAUAACACAGCAUCAGAACAGGCUGAAAACCUUCCGAGUGAAGGCAUGAGCUCAGAAAGCCUUCCAAUCACUGUGCAGCCCCAAGCAAAUACAGGACACACGGUUCUUGUUCCAGGACUGAUAUCUGGGUUGGAAGAGGACCAGUACGGUAUGCCCCUGGCUAUUUUUACAAAG